AUGUCAAGGCUGGGGAUUAAUAAGCUUCAGCUCCAGGAUUCCUCAAGCCCAAGCUCGAGGAAACCGUUUGAGCCUCCUGAAGGCUCACAUGGAGAGGCUGACAUGGUCAAAUCUGAUUCACACCUGAUGGAUGACACAUCGUGUUUGGAAAGGAGUCAAAAGAACCGAUUGACUUUUGUGGCCCUCCGCCAGCCUCCAUCCACAAGUGGGAAAAUGUUGGGCCAUCCGAAGCAUCAUUGCGAAGAGAUUUGUUGUGGUGCUCCUUGGAACUGUUUCUGCUCUCUGUAUAUAAAGUCGAAGACUGAGUCCACCGGUUUCAUAUCUCUCGUUCUAAAUCUCCGACCAUUGACUUCAUCCUGGGUAACCCACGGACGAAAUUCGAGCGCAAUAAAUUCCUGUGCUCGAUGAGCUGCUAGAGAACCAAUGGAAGAAACUGCAAUGUCAGCUCUGAGCAAUCCGAGCGAUGUGCCAUGUGACGCAGAAAUCGUGUCUGGUCUGGUCAAUCAUGCUCGAACAAGAGCUGAACUCGUCGGGGAGCAGUGCGAGAGAGACAUGGACGGGUGAAGGUCGCAUCUGUUGAGGCUGGUCUACGUCACACAUGGGCUGCAUAUCCACAACUUUGACAAACGUCGAUUGCAAGUCGACUGACAGAUCGUGAACCACGGCUCGGCCCGAGAAAGAGAUUCAUAGGAAGAUAAUAAUAACAACGUGUUACACAAUUUCAUAACAGGGGAGCAGGAGGAGGAAGCUCGUCGCGAUCGCCGGAAUAUCGACUGAUGUCAUGACAAGUGUACUCGCUAGUGCACUCACAGUGAACGCGUUCGAUUUGCCAUCAAUGUUUCCUGUUGUCAAUGGGUCGCUUCAGCGAUAGAGAGAUCUAUUGCUUGGCUUCGACAUGGUAAAAUGCAAGACUACCGUAAGCAUUGUGUACGCAUAGGAAAAUAUGAGGCAUUUUUAUUGUUGCAUCCAUAGAAAAUUACUAGCUAGGAGAGAACACGAGUCAUUUAAGCGGAUGAGAUCCACAACACCUUGCAGGACACUCUUACCCAUAGUCCAACACAAAUUCUCACGGAUUACUUAGGCCAUGAGCCUCAUGGCCUAAGUAAGGCUCAAGUGUUCACAUGAGAGCACAAGUCCAAAUAAGAACCAGUCUACGAGAAGAGCGGUUCAAUAUGCCAUAUAGAAUAAAGACUUUGCAUUGCGUGGAAAACCAUUCCAUUUGG